AUGUUUUCGCCACUUCGGCGGCUAGCUGGUUGCUGUCCCACUGCUCUUCAACAACUCCAACAUCUCCAGCAGUUCCAGCCGAAUCGAUUGGUGCAUUUGACGGCGUAUCAGUUCAAGGGACACUCGAAAUGGCAGAAUAUCAAGGCGACGAAGGGAAAAAACGAUAUGAUCAAGUCGAAAGCGACGAAUUUUUUGUUGAGAAAAGUGAAAGGGGCGGUAUCUCGCGGUGGAUUCGAUUUGAAGUUGAACAGAGAGUUGGCUGACUUGGAGACGGAGUUUAGAGCUCAGGGGCUUCCGUUGGACACUUUCAAGAACUUUUUGCAGAAGAUGAAGGACAAACCAGAAGUCGAGUACACCUUCGAUAUCAUCGGUCCAGCUGGAACAUUUUUCAUCGUCACCGCCGAAACAUCGAACAAAAAAGCGCUGGAGAACGAUUUACGGAAGUAUUUCAACAAAAUUGGCGGAUUCCGAUUGGUGGCCGACGGUGGUGUUCGCAGUUGGUUUGAGGAGAAAGGAGUCGUUCAUGUGGAUGUGAAGAAGGAUGGAAAGGAAAUGACUACGGAGCAGAUGGAAGAAGUUGGGCUAGAAUUCGACGUGGAAGAAGUUCUCCUCGUUGAAGAAGACAAUACAAAGAAAUUCGAGCUCAUCUGUGAACCGAAAUCACUUUCAAAUCUCGAAUCUCAAUUAGGAAAAGGAGGAUUUUCGAUUUUGCAAUCAGAAAUCGAAUUCCGAGCCGUCCAUCCAAUCGAGUGUCCUGAGGCGGAGUCGGUCAAGAUUCAGAAGCUUUAUGAGAUGUUGCAGGAGGACGAGCAAGUGCGCCAAAUUUUCGACAACAUCUCAGCAGACGAGUAG